AUGUCUUCGAACAACGAGAGCCCAUCUACACUCAAGUCCGCCGUGGACACAGCAACUGGUUAUGUUCAAUCCGGCAUCGCCGCUGUAACUGGCAAUCCUCAAGACAAGGCCAAAGCAGAACAAUACAAGGACAAGGCAGCAACCGAGCACGACCUUUCCCAUUCGGCCGUCAAGGCAGGCCCCGUCACAGUCACUCCCACGGGAGCGGCCAAAGACGACAGCGACCGGACGCAAGGCAAAUGGGAUCAGACCAUCGGCAGCGCCAAGGAGACGGUGGGCAAUCUGGUAGGAAACGAGAGUCUGAAGCAAGAAGGCCGUGAUCAGAAUGCCCAGGGUCAAGGAAAAGAGGCAAAGGGCCAACUGAAUGAUCUUGGAAAGGGUGUCAGCGAUCGUGUCCAAGGGGCUCUCGGGAGUGCUGUUGCGGGAUUGACUGGCGACCGCACCGAGCAGGAGAAAUAUAAUGCGAUCCACGACCAGGGAAAGACUAGACAGCGGGGUGUUGAGGUUGAGUUGGAUAAGGAGGCUUCUGCUGGUCAGAAGUAG